AUGGUGCUAUGCAAUGCAAUUGUUAGUGUGAAGACAGAACUUCAUCUUUAUAAGGACUAUGUGGUGGUCACUUUUGUUGAUAUUAUCUUGGUCAGAUGUAUCUGUGGCAGGCAGAUUUGUCAUGAUGAGAUCAAGUAUAUAGUUGGAAAAGGUGUGCAAACAAUGGAACUUCACACUAAAGGGAAUGUUACAGUUAUGGAGGGUCAGUCAGUUACAUUACGGUGUGACUGUUCUGAAGAUGCCAAGAUAGCAUUAGUUGAAUGGAAAAAAUCCAGAAACAAAACAAAACUUGCAGUGUACAGCCCAAACGGUACUCAUCACCAUGAUAAGCGAAUAAGAAUGGAAGUCAACAAUCAUCAUUCCACAAUCUCAAUCAAAAAAACUGUCAAAGAAGACGAGGAUUGGUAUUUUUGCAUAUUUCAGACCUUUCCAAAUGGAAAGCAGGAGUACAAAAUAUAUUUGAAUGUAAAUGAUAGCAUCAUGUUGAAGGAUCUUUAUAUGAGAAAAGUGCCAAUAUACAUUUCAGUUUUAUUUGUUGGAGCUGCAGUCGUGCUUAUGAUAAUUGUACUAGUUAUAUGGAAAAAGAAGAGAAAACCAGCAGUUAAAGCACUUUACCAAAAACCACAAAAGAAUAUGCCAUUUUAUGAAAACGUUGAUAAUGUACCAGAUAUGGAAUUGGAUGGGAUUGUGAAUAAUGACGGAGAUACAAAGAGGCUUCAAGGUGAUUUAGACCAAUUGAGUGAAUGGGUAAAAGAUGGCAGUACAAAUGUGAAGUGA